AUCAAAUAUAUUAGCUCAACCAUUAUCUUCUUGCCAAAUGGCAUGUCCUAAAAUUUAUUUAUUUAUUUUCUCUAUUGAUUUCAAAGCAUCUUUUGACUUUAUAAUGCUAUAAGAUAAGAUAUUUGUACAUAGUUUUUGUAUUCUGGACUCAAUUUGUGUCCUUCUUCCUGUCUUUAUGUCAUUUGAUUCACAUAUUUGUCCUUUUCUAUUGUAUGGACAAGGGCAUUAAAGCCUAUAACCUAUUUUUUAAAUCAUCUCUAUACAGUUAGGAUCUUCCAUUCCAUCUGUCUAAGGAGAAUAAUAAAAUGCUGUAGGACACCAAAACCAGUCCACUUUAUUCCCAUAGAAUCUUAGAGCAAAGAAAUAACCUAAAAAACAGAAGGAGAAAAACAAAAAAGAAAAAAGAAAAAAAGAAAAAAAGAAAAAAAGAAAAAAAGAAAAAAAAAAAAAGAUACAAAGAUUACUUUUUCAAAUGCAUAAUCAAGCCAUAAGAACCAGUCGCCUCAAUUUCUCCUAGGACAUUCAAAAGACCAAGUUAUAAGCAGACUUUCAUGACCCAGUUUACACAUUAAUAAUAUGAAUCAAUUCCAAUUUGAUGUUUAUCAUCAUAAAAUAAUGCAUGUGAAUUGGUUGAAUGGUCCCAAUCAAGAAAACAUAUAGAAAUUAAACUGUUAUAUCAUUGAUAUUGCCGAAUAAGGUGAAUAUUUUUCUAAAAAAUUCAUUAUUUUAAUGCACUAAAGGCCUUUUCUAUGUCUUAGUAGUUGGCCGUAACGCCAAUAAAGUUGAUAUAUUUGUGUGCUUUGUGUGUACUUGUAGUAUAUGCAGAUCUGUCCCAGGAACGAGACUUAUUCAUUUGAAACACUAUCUGCUUUGAAAUAAAAUGGCCUCUUUUUCAGUGGAAGAAUUUGUUGGGAAUGGAGUUCUGAAAGGACUGCUUCCAAAACUGUUAGAAGAAGGCUGGGAUGAUGUGCCAACCUUGAAGAUCAUGAACUCAGAAGACAUGAAUGCAAUAAACAUGACUCAAGAACAAAAGGAUGCACUGGAAAUCAGGGCAUACCUGCAUGAACGUUCUCUGAUGCAAUAUGGAGAUAAGUUUGAAUCCUCUGGGAAGUCUCUGCCUGAGCUUCUCAGCUUAAGCAGUGGAGAUCUGUCCUCCCAAUUUGGUAUGAAGAGAGGCCAUAUCGCCCGUUUUAUGGAUAGAACAAGUGCAUGUGCAGACACCUUACCCAAAUCGAAUGCUCCCCCCUCAACAAAGUUAACCAGCAGACCUUCAAGAAACAACAGCAUCUAUAAAAGUUAUGAUUUUGUCUCCCAAAAGAUACAAAGUAGAACAAAAUCAAUUAUAAGAAGUAAUACAAGUGAAAAAUCACUUGAACAAUCUUUAGCAGAUUUUAAGAUUAAAGAUGGAUACACCUUCAAAGGGAUUGUUGCUGCCGAACCAGCCGAGAGUAGAUGUGGCUGCAUAAAGGCUCCUCCUAUAGUUGAUAAAGUUGCUCCAUAUUCUGCAAUUGAAAACAUCUCAGUUCAGAAAUUAACUCCUGAGUACAAGGUUGGGGUAGAGAGUUUAGUGAAAUCCAAGGCACCUCCUAUGAAAGCUUCAGAAUUAUGGCGAGAAAAACCGGCUGUGCUCGUUUGCAUUCGACGUCCUGGGUGCAUCAUGUGCAGAGCUGAAGCUCACCAGCUAUAUGCCAAGAAACCCAUAUUUGAUGCACUGGGAGUUCAAUUAAUAGCAGUGCUUCAUGAGAACAUAGAUUCAGAGGUAAAAGACUUCUGGCCACGAUACUGGGGUGGUGCUGUAAUAUUUGAUCGAGGUAUGGGAUUCUUCAAAGCCCUUGGUGGUGGGGAACUGCUAAAGGAGAAGUUCCUAUCAGGAUUCAUUUUCAACCCCCGAGCUAUAGCAAAUUACAGGCGUGCGAAAGCCAUGGGAAUAAAGCAAAACUUCAAAGGAGAAGGUGAAAUUAAAGGUGGACUUUUUAUAAUGGGGAAUGGAAAGAGUGGCAUCGCUUACCAGUUUAUUGAGAGGAAUUUUGGUGAUUGGGCACCUCUAGCUGAAGUCAUAGAGAUUUGUACAAAGUUGCAGAACCCACAUCAAGGUCAAGGGGUGUGACAUUAUAAUGCAGAGGGAAAUUUGAAAAUUAAUUCUCUAUUUUGUAUGUAUUUUAAAUUCAAAAUCCUUACACUUCUAUACAUUUGUCAGCUUGCACUGAGAAUUUUGUAAUAAAUUCAUUUAAGAGGUCCAAUACUCUUCA